UGCAAACUGAAAGUUGCAAUGGCGAACCGAGCAACAUCUGUAGCCAUGGUUUUCAUUAUUCUCGGCAUCAUGUCCUUCGGAAUCUCUGUCGCCGAUGCCGACGCCAGCUUUGUUGCCCGGACUUGCAAAAAGACCAAGAAUGCCUCGUUGUGCAUGUCCGUGUUGCACAUAGAUCCAAAGAGUACCUAUGCCUCCACUGAGUUGGAACUCGCCAACAUCGCGCUGAAGAUCGCCGGUGACACCGCCAACCACAACGCCAAGGUCAUCGAUGACCUAGCCAAGAAAAAGAAGGGCACGCCAGAGGGGGGCGUGUUAAACGUCUGCCUCUGGGCCUAUCAAUUCGCGGGCAACGACCUCGAGGUCAAUGUCCGCACUCUCCUUCACGGUGGGGACUACAUUACCGCGUCGAAACUCGUGUUGGAUACCAAGGGUGUCGGUGAUCAUUGCGAGAAUGCGUUUAAGGGGAUGGAGAAGAAAUCCCCAGUGACAAACAUAGAUCGCGAGAUGACAGAGCGAUGUGGCGUCGCAGCCGAACUCAUUGCCCUGCUUAUCCACAAGUGAUCAAUCUUUGAUCAUAUGUACAAGCUCCCGUCAAUAAUUAAUCGGUUCGUCAUCUAGCAACAUGUUCGGUCAUUGAUGUUAUUGUGAAUUAUUAUUGAGCUUAGCA